UGUUACGUGAUUGCCGACGAAAUUCUAUUACGACGCUUUGUCCAUAUUCAGUUUUUGUUGCGUAUUUACCAAAGGCGGGUUGGAUGGUCUAAUUUGUGGGCUUCGGGUUUUCGUUAUGGAUACGUCCGGUAGCACGGGUUGCGGUUUUGCUUGCGAAUUCGUCAACGGUCAGUUCCUGCCGGUGUCUACCUUCUCCGCGUACAGUCUGUUGAGGAACUGCAAUUACUUGUUGACGACCGCUGGUCAAGAUCCGCAUCCCAAACUAAACGACACUUUUAUAACUAAGAACGAACGUCAGAGAUUUCCCGCAGUCGAGGGAACACCCGGUGGCGCUUACACUUUACCCACACAUACCAAAGGGAUUUUCGCACCGACAGCUUUGAUAAAUUUACCACCCACUUUACACCCGCUGGAAGCCGACUCUCUAGAUAACUCGACUCCGGUUUUGCUAUCGCCCGGAUUAUGCGGCUCUGGUUAUCGAAAACAAAGGAGCGUGAAGAAACCCAUACCCGAUGCGCAGAAGGACGAUAAAUAUUUCGAACGCAGGCGGCGCAACAAUCAGGCGGCGAAAAAGUCCCGAGACGCCAGGAAAAUGCGCGAAGAUCAGAUAGCGUUGAAAGCCACCCUGCUGGAACACGAAAACGCAAUACUGAGGGCGCAAGUCUUGACCCUGCGAGAAGAAGCGUCGUCGUUGCGUCAAAUGCUUCUGCAGCGCAAAGCCUUAUUCGAAUUGCCUUCGAGGGAACCGCAGUCACAGAUUUGUUUAUCCUAG